GGUCAGCCCCGGGGACAGCCAGGCUUCCAGAAGAGCCCGGCCAAGCUUAGGAAACAGGCCGGCUUUUCAUCCUGGCUCCUCCUAAGUCCCCAUGUCCAGACGUCUGCCCGCUGGCGCCAUGGUAACCGUGAGGCCACAAUGGAACAUUCUUCCCGAGGUGGUAGAAGGGGAUCCCUGUGUCGGGCUCUUGCUGCGUCAGGUCGAGCGAGCUCAUUUCUCCUUCAGCUGGAGCAGUUCGCAGAAGAGCUCUGAGAACAACCGGAUGACGAGAGACACCGGUGUCGGGAGUGGGACAUGUGACUGAGAACGGCGCCCAUGGCUUCCUCCGGCUCUUGUGCAUCCUUUGAGGCAAAGGGAGGAGCGUUUUACAGCGACAGCGUUAAGGCAAGGGUUGAAUUCCAGGAGCCAAACACCAGCACCUUUCUGAGCCCCGACUGUCUGGGAAGCGGGGACCCUGGCUGGAUCGACAGGCGGGGGCGGCCCCCUCUCCUCGGGCCGUCUCCCGGGUCCCAACAGAGUCUCGGUGCCCCGCGCCUGGUCCCUGCUACCGGACGGACCGGGCCACGGGGACAGGACAGCUGCCCGUGGUGUCUGCUGCGGCCGCGCCUGGGGACGGCGGGGAUGCUCUUGGUGCUGCUCUGCGCCUCCCACGCUUCGGCUAGUUGUGGCAUCCAGAAAACCAACGUUAUAGAGACCUCCGAGGAGGGUCUGGUCAGCGAGAAGGAGUUCCCGUGGGUGGUGUCCCUGCAGAACUCCCACCACGCCCACCUGGCUUUCGGCAGCAUCCUCAGUGAGUUCUGGAUCCUCAGCAUCGCGUCUGCCUUUCAGCACAGGAAGGACGCCGUGGCCGUCGUGGGCAUCGCGAGGAUGAACGCCUCGGUGGUGUCUCACGAAGAGUUCCCGGUCAACACCAUCAUCGUCCACGAGGACUUUGACAACAAGACGAUGGCCAAUGACUUGGCCCUCCUGAAGACAGACACGGCCAUGCAGUUCACCAGCCUGGUGCAGCCCAUCUGCUUCCUGGGCAGGAAGCUGUACAUGCCGCUGGCUUCGCACAACUGCUGGGUGGCCGGCUGGAACCCCACGUUAGCAACGGGAGAGCAAAUGACGAUGAGUAUCCUGAGGAAAAUCUCUGUGCAAGACAUCGACCUGUGCCCCUUAUACAAGUUCCAGAAUACAGGGUGUGGCAGCCACGUGGAGCAGGAGACCGACACUGUCUGCUUGGGGGACCCGGGAAACCCGCUCAUGUGCCAGCUGCAGGGGCUGGACCUGUGGGUGCUGCAAGGAGUCCUGUCGCAGGGGGGCGAGAGGUGCCCUGGCCUCUUCCUGUACGUCAAGGUGGAAGACUACGGCGACUGGAUCACGUCCCAGACGGAGAUGGACAGCCUUCUCCCCCUAGCCGUGUUCCACCACUACCACCCCCACCAGGAGAACGCGGCCCCUACCCAGGGCCCCUCGGUGCCCACCAGGGAGACGCAGCUCCGAGAGCCAGCAAAGGUGACCAUCUUCAUGGACAGAUCUCCGUGGCCGGAGAACGGCGCUUCCGAGGGCGUGGAACUCCGGGGGAAGGGCGUGAGGGAGUUGGACAGCUCCCCGGAGGACGAGGAGGCCCUGCCCCCGGAUUAUGACUAUUACAGCGAGCAGGCCGGGCAGGGGGGGUCCAUUUCGGGUCAGAACAGGUUGCAUCAGCCCCAAGAAACGCUCUUGCUUUCCUCUGCGCUUGUUUUCUUUUGGAACAGUAGACAGUCUGGGAGCUAACCCUCCCCCCGCACCCCCCACGGGAGCGUAGGCUCAGCAUGCUGAGUGCCAGGCCCCCCCCACGCCGCGUG